GAGAGUCGACUAAGGAUCUUAGUCAUACGGUUAGUUUCAUUUUGAGAAAUAUUAUUUAAACGUGUUUACCUUAUAAAAGUAGGAAGACCAUACCUUGAAGCUGUGUUGUAAAGACGACAUUUUUGCUUUAAAGUGAAAACUUUGAAGAGCAAUUAUGAAAAAUAUAGUGAAUAACUUCGCCUCAUCUGCCCUGCAGGAAGAGGUGCCAGAAACUGAUUCAAAAAAGCAAGGUGUUAACAAAUAUAAGGUGUCAAUUAUUGGAUUACUUGUAAUUAUUUCCAUUCUUGUUGCCUUAAUUAUAUAUGAUAAAUCCAGUCCUUCUACUCAGUAUUUUUGCCCUGAUGAUUGGAUUGGUUUUCAAAAGAAUUGCUAUUAUUUCUCUAAACAAGAAGGGGAUUGGAAUUCAAGUAGACACAACUGUUCUACUCAACAUGCUGACCUCACUGUGAUUGACUCUAGAGAAGAAAUGGAUUUUUUAAGACAACAAAGAUGUGUUUUUGAUCUCUGGAUUGGGUUGGAGAUGACAGAAAAUCAAACAGGAACUUGGGUAAAUGGAGGAAUAUUUAACAAAUGGUUUGAUGUGAAAGGAAAUGAAAAAUGUGCUUACCUCAGUGACGAUGGUGUAGCAACAGCCAGAUGCUACGCAGAAAGAAAAUGGAUUUGCAGGAAAAAAAAAAAAAGUACUACAUAAACAUUUCUGAUUAUGAUUUAUAACCAUAGAUGUGGAGGAAAGAGAAACUUCGAAGGUCUGCAUUCCCACCACUUUGGAAAACAAUAUGGAGUUUCCUUUGACCUAAUGAUCCCACUUCUGGGAAUAUAUCUGAAGAAACCAGAGAUAACAGUUUGAAAGAAUGCAUGCAUCCCUAUAUUUAUUGUAGCAUUAUUUUUAUUUAUUAUGUUUUUACUGAUUGCAGAGAG